UGAAAGAGAAAGAUUUGUGUGGGUGUGAUUAUAUGGUGCUGCAUUGGAUCCUUCACCAAAGAGUGUUUUCAAAGCCUAUAUCUGUUUUGCUUUCUUCAUCACAAACAUCUUGAGAGAGAGAGAGAAAGAGCUAAAUUCCAAAGAAACAAUCAAGAAAGAUGGUGAUGUGAUGAAGUAGCGCCCCUUCCCAUCUUUUCUUUCUUCCUUCUCUUCCAGGCUUUUCAUGCCUUGGGUUUUAGGGUAACUACCAAGUACUUCUUGUCUUUUUCAAUGCAGAUGAUCAUCUCUCUUUCUGAUCUCGAUCCUAGAGCUCAUUUUUCUUGAUUAGACUUGAAGAUUUUUUUUUUUUGGGAGAGGGGGGGGGGGCUUGGUUUCUUCAUGUACGGGAGCUAAAUUCAUGGGUGUGUCGAAUUCAGAGAUGUUUCUCACUGAGAAAGAUCUAAGCAGUAGCAUGGAAAUCGGUUUCUUGGUUAGACGACGCCCUCCUUUAGUGUUACAACAAGGAGAUGAAUGUCAAAUUACGACUUUCCAAGACGAUGACGAUAAGCCUCAGCAGCAAAAAGAAGAAAGACUAGGACAAGAUCAACAACAAGACAAAUGCAAGACGUUGAAGAUGGCUCCUUUGGAGUUAAAAUUGCCAUCUCCAAAGGUUGAUGAUGAGGAAGAUGGAAACAACAAUGGGUUCAAGACUCCAACUUCUUCGGACCAUAAAAUUCCUGUCAUCCUCAAGUGCCCACCUGCACCAAGAAAACCAAAAUCUCUCCCCAUUUUACCCAAACGAAAAGCCUUUGGCCGUCGAAUCCUGCUUGAUUUUACUAAAGAGAUGGAGUCUUUAUUUCCUCCGGCUCUUCUUGCAGAUCUAGGGAACAAGAUUAAGAAAGUCAGACAAGGAAGUGACUUCAACUGAUGUUAUAAUAUAUAUAUAGAUAUCAUGUAUUUCUGUGAAGAAUUUAGAAUCAUGUUUCUUUUUCUCUCUUCAUCAAUGCUAUAUUCAGCUUCAAUAUUUCAACGAA